GCCACAUUGAACAGGCAUGGUCAGAUCCAGGGUGCAUUCUUUCACCAAGGAGAACCCUUUUUUUUAUAUCAAUUCUUCCAUAUAUGACUGAAAAAAUUCCUUGGUCACCAAUUUCCCAUUCAACUGGUUCCUCAUGAACAAGGAUCAGUCAAUCGCUCUUCCUCCUUGGCUACCCUUGUCAUUCGUUCUUGCAACUCACCUAUAUGAUAAUUGUCUUCAUGUUACUUUUCUAACUUCAAGUGAAGCACAGUACUUUGAAGAUGCCGUUCGAUCUUAUCAUGACUGGGUGACAUUUAUUACGUGCCGUGAAAAGCCAGCUUCAGCUUCAGCCACAGGAACGCUUUUGACAGAAGCUCAAAUAGCUGCCUUCCGAGUGCGCGCUAUGCUAUCUGAUCAGUUUAUCGCGUACACAUACAGUUCUACUCGUUUAUGCUGUCAUGAUACACAUGUAAACUUUAACAUGAUCUUUGAAAAAGCAAGGCUGAUAACCUCUCAGAUUGACGACCUAUCUGCUUCUGAGCAUUCUAUGCCGACACAUGAUACUUCAAGGAAUUAUGACCAGAAUGAAAACAUGGCGGAGGCUUCCCCUCAUGCAGAUCUCAUGAUAAUGUCGGAUACUGAAGUCAUCCCCUUGCAGUGCGUCUACCAUACACUUGAGGAAGAUCUGGCAACUAUGAUAGAGCAACGUAAAAUACAGGAGUUUGAAGCCAAGCAAGCAUUGACUCAAGCAGCAGAUAAACAAAAGGGCGAUGCGUUGUCGUUAUCGAUAAUGAAUGCGAACGGGAAUCUCAAUUUAAAGUAUCUUCUCAAAGGCAUAGCAGCGAAUCGCCACCAAAUGUCGCUUUCCGAUCGUGAACUGGAACAUCUAUUAUCUGAUUUCAAAUCUCAGCGUCCGAAAUGGUCUCAAGAUGAAAAAUCAACCCAAGAAGAAAUGUAUGAAAAGGUUUUAAACGAGUUAAAAAACUUCACAGAACAUUCAACGCCAUUUUUGAACAAGGUUCAAAGACGGGAUGCGCCGGAUUAUUAUGACGUCAUUAAACGACCUAUGGAUUUGGGCACUGUAACAAAGAAGUUGAAAAGCAAUCAAUACAAGUCAAAGAAGGAAUUUGCCGACGAUCUCUAUCUCAUAUAUCAGAAUUGUCUGACCUAUAAUACCAACCCCGCAAGCGAAUAUCGAAAGCACGCGAAAGCCAUGCGUAGGAAAACGGAUCAGCUGUUGUCGCGUAUUCCUGAUGUGGAGAUUAAAGAGAGAAGCGAAGCUGACGUCGAAGAUGAAGCAGACGACGGCUCGGAUCACGAUGAAGACAACGAAUAUCGGUCAGGCAAGACCACCAAAGCUCAUAAGCACCCCAUAAAAUCGAAUACCGGUCGUCCAGAAACAGAUUCCCCGGAUCCAAGUUUACGGAGCUCUCGAGAACGAUCGAUGACCCGUGCAUCUAGCAUGAGUCGAGGUGGGACGCCUCUCACGACAGAAUUCGGUGAUUUUAGCAGUCCGAGGACACACACGCCGUCCAAUGAGCAGCAUGAUGGGAUCGGUUUGGAAUUUGAUCAUAACCAUCUUGGUACCGAACAAGAAAUUAUCGUCAGCCAAGACAUGGACAUGGAGAAUGAUCUUCAGGAACAAACAUGGAGAGAAGUCACAAAGAAAACGAGAGCAAAGAUUACGGAUGAUGUGGAAAGGCAGUACCAGUUCCCUUUCGAGGAGCAUGAAGCUUUGAUCAGAAGCUCACUUGACAUGGAGCGGCUCUACAUAAUGCAACUUGUCCAUUCAGACGAGGAAAAGGUUCUUCGAUUGAUACAAGUUUCUGAUGAUAGUUUCGCGCGUUGGACCGACAGGCGAGAUGAUACAGGCGCUUUUGAUGACCGAUUUGACGCCGACUCCAGCGAUGACGAAAAUUUCAAUUCGUUUUCUCGAAAAACGAAGAAAUCUAGCAAACUCGAGGAAGACAGUGCCGUACGAUCGGAUUUAUUUCUGCCAGAAUAUAAGAUGAGCUGCGGCAUACCUGAAGUGAUGGAGGGAAUAUGGGAACAGAGUUGUUGCAGCAAUUUGAUGAAUAGUCAAUCGUCACGAACAGCUUCUUGCAUUGAUAGCAUUGUAGCAUCGAUGAUGCAGUCGAAAAGCGAAACAGAUGUUCCGUUCGAUGUGUAUUCAUCCGUCCGAUUUAUGGAUUACGGCUUGAACCCUAUGAUCGACCGCAACAUCAGCACGUUGGAAAAAAUUCGCGUGAUAUAUUCCAAAUGUCACGAUAUAAAAAACAAUUUACCUGUGUCUUCUUCCACACCAUUUUUAUCUGAAGAUUUACUGCGCAAUUCCACCUCUUCGCCUAUCAAUUCAAACACUUCGUUCGAUGAUAUGCAUUUCGCCAAUGAGGAUGGCUCUGCAGAAUAUGAUCAUACAAACUAUAUACCACAUGCGAGCUCGAGUAACCCGCCACUUUUAUUGAAUGAUCGUAUCGGAAGACAGAUAACACAACAAACCAUCACCAAACUACUCACUCAUGCCGGGUUCGAAGGCGCUCAAACUACGAGUCUAAACGUAUUGACUGAUUUAGCAGUUGAUUAUCUCAGCAAUAUCGGUAGAACAUUACGAUGGUAUUGGGAUAACUAUGGGCAAACCAUGCAACCUGAGGAACUUAUGGCACAUACAUUAUACGAGAAUGGUGUAAUGUCUCUCAAAGACCUUGAAUCUUACAUUGUGGACGAUAUAGAGAGAUACGGGGGUCGCUUGGAUGAUAUUUAUAGGCGACUACAACAAUCUUAUAAUGACCUGGUAUCCGCACCAGAUACUGAAAAAACUAGCAAUGCCGAAGCACUGUUGGAUGAUGAAUCUAAUUUUCUGACAGGCGCUUUUGGCGAAGAACUUGGUGACGACUAUUUCGGCUUUAAAGAACUUGGAUUAGAUAAAGAGUUGAACAUCAAUUCAUUCUCGAUCCCUUUGCAUCUAUGGGUUGGUCGUCGCAGUGAUAAAAAGGAGACAAAAAAAGAGCCUGAAGAAGCACAAUCAGCAGCUAAAUAUCCGUAUCCUGGUUCCUUCACAUCCGUUACUUCUGAAAACCAGUUGAUUGGUCUUUUGAAGCCUUUUUUCAUGGAAAAACUUGCAACGUCGUCGGGAGCGUUAAUAGAGGACGAACAAAUACCAAAUCGUCACCGUAAUCGUCCGCGAUAUCCUCCUAUCAAGAAAAACUUCAGCAACAAGAAAGGUAGCUCGAAAGAUGCCGUCGGAGAUGGUGGUAGUCAAGGAGACAAGAAAGGAAAGAGAAGACGAGGAAUCGAAGAAAUUCAAGCCGAAAAGGCCGAAAGAGCCGAGAAACGCCGGCAAAAGUUGGAGGAAAGAGCACAGAGACUGGCAGAAAAGGAAGAGAAGCGACGGAUACGAGAAGAAAUAAAGGAGCAAGAGAGAUUGGCAAAACUGGAAGCUAAGGAAAGAAAGCAAAAUGCCAAAAAAUCCAAGCACACUACCGAACCGCGUAGAAGUUCCCCAAUUACUAGUUCUUUAUCACCACAUAUUGCCGAUAUAGAAAAUAGCUAGUUUCACGGUUAUAUAAGCAUUGCUUCCUUUAAAUGUGACGCGAGAAAAAAUAAACACUGUAUGAG